AUUGCGACGGAAUGGCUCCUUCCUCCGGUUUGGAGGCGAGUGAGCGCUGACCGAUGGUGACCGUUGUCUGAAUCGACUCCGCCCUUCUUCCACUGCCAUCCUCGCGACAUGCUCCAGAACCGAGGGCCUUCAGUCCUUUCAAAUAUUCCUUUAAAAUUACGAAACGAAUAAUGGCAUCCAUUUUUUUCAGAAAAACGCACAGUUAUCCUCCUAGUCGCUCCGGAAAAGAGGUGAUAGGAGGAGUGAAUCUAUACAAAUAAUGGAGUGUAUAUAAUCGCCUUCCGGCCGCUCCCGCAAGGAAGCGAUAAGAGGAGUGAACCUAUGCAAAUAAUCAUUCAUUUAUACGCUAAAAAUUCUCAAAUCUUCGAUCCCUCCGCCCCCUCUCUCGCAAAUGCCAUAUUUCUCGUUUUCUCCUCUUUUCUCCAAGUCUUCUCCUUCUCGACUCAAAAACCCUUUCCGCCUCGAUCACAGGCCUUGAAAUCCUAAUUGAUCCUCCGAUUCCCGCCGGCAAUGGCGACGGCGGCCUUGAGAUCGACCUCUAGGCGGGCCCCCAUCGGCGGCGGGGGCGGCGUCGAGGACGCCGGGUCCUCGAACUGCGGCGGGGACCGCCGCCGGUCGAGGAGCCUCAGCCGCUACUCUGGCCGGUUCCCGUCGCCGCCGCCGGUUUCCGAUGAUUUCUCGACGCCGAGGGGUAGGUUCGUCAACAAGGUGAGGGUGUCCGGAUUCCCUGAGAUCAGCCUCGACGAUCUUGCCGAUGAGUUCUUUCGGGCGAGGGCAGAGUCCGAGGAGGAGGAGGAGGAGGAGAGAAGGUCGGCGGCCCGCCGAUCCGAUCGCCGGAGUUCCGUCGCUAGUUAUAGGAUGGAGACGGAGUCGUCUCGCCGGCGGGGGAGGUCUGUGUCGAGGCCUCCAGACAGGAGGGCGGCAGACGGGAAGCCCACCACUGGUGGUAGCUCGAGACGGCAGCGAUCAGUGACAGUAGCUCGGCAUCGGUGUAGUGAUUCGGAGAAGGACUUGGACCUUUAUAACAACACCAUCAGUCAAACCAAAUGGACAAGUAUUGGCAAUGGUAGCUCCCAGCGGCCUUCAUCACAAAAGCCAACAAAUCAAGGACAUGCUUUGAGAAGAUCUGUGAGUCACAAGGAUUUCUUGCAGUCACAUGACAUUUACUCGAGCCAGUCUUCUUUGCUAACUUAUGAUGAAACACGGGAAGUUUGUUCACAUAAAAGUGAGACUGAGAAAACAAUUCAGGCAGUUGAUGCCCAGGAAAAGAUGGAACAUCCCACUGGGGAUGGAGAGGGGACUGGAUUAUAUGAAGCCAUGCAUAAAGAAGUGAGACAUGCAGUAGAAGAGAUCAAGACUGAGCUUGAGAAGGUCAGGGUGAAAACAGAACCCACAACCAUUCUCAAUGACAGUGAGAACCAGGCAAAGAGUUUGAAUGUUAUCCAAGUUAUUACUGAUAUCCGAAGGAACUACACCACCAAAUUGGAACAGUCAGAGAAGUGGAAGCAAGAAUUGCUGGCAGAAUUGGCAGCAGAGGAGCAGCAUGGUCAGGAGCUUACUAAAAUUGUGAAAGAGUUGCUUUCUUCACCAAAACCAGCUGCUGCUCCAGAAAGACCCUCACGAUCUAGAAGUUUGAACAUGUUUCAGAGAAACAAUGAUAGAACAAGGAUGUCUAAACGUCUGACAGAGGAGGCAGAAAGAUAUUUUGAAGAUUUCCUUUCAAAUGUUGAAGAUGCAGACAUAUCAUCCUUUGAUGGAGAAAUAAGUGAUACGAGUUCCACGUUUAGAGACUUGAUGCUGCAUAAUAAUUUACCAGAAACACCUACGAGUUUGACAAAAGCUGCUCCGCUGCCUGUUGAGGCAGAUGGUGUUGUACUUCCUUGGUUGCAGUGGGAGACCAGUAAUGAUAUGUCUCUGUCAUGCAAAACUAAGACUGAGGUGCCAGUGAUAUCAGGAAAUAUUUUGCCUGCUUCAGCACAGGAAGCCAGUGCUGAAUUUGAUGGAGGGAAACUCAUCAGCAGUAGUCUUGGGAGUUGGAUCCCUGAAUGCAAGAUUUCUAGAGAGGAAAAAGGUGGCAGACUUGGAUAUGUAGGAAGCCACCUGAGCAAUUCUGAUGGUGGAGCAGAAGUGUCUAAAUUUGACAUGGAUGAGUACCUGGCCUUACAACACAAUGAAGAUCUUCUAUUCGAGAGGUUGAAGCAGAGGAAAAGAAUAGACUCGGGUAGUCUGAUUUUAUGUGGAAGAACCAUACUGUGGAGCUUGGUUGAGCUUUAAAGAAGCUUGGCUAUCUUUAUAUUACACAGAGUGGUGUAUGUAGACAUUUGAAUUGUCAACAUCUGCCUCAAAUAGUUGAGGGUUAAAUAUCUCCUUUCUAAAUGCAAG